CUACAGAGCGCAUAAAGCUUGGACAUAUAAGAGCUCUCUUCUCUUUCUUUGCCUGAACAGUGUCAUUUCCAUCCAUCAAUAAAUGAUUCGUUUCUUCCUCUCAUUAAAGCUUAUGUAUUCCUUCUGCUGCGAUACUACUACGCGCAAUCCUUUAACCAUUCCCCAACCCAGUCCGCGGUCAGCAACCUCCCUCGCCAUGUCCUCUCCCUCAUCCUCCGCAUCCGCCACGCCGUGGCGGCGAGCUCAGCUCAAAUUACGUUCCGUCUCCGACGGUCACCGCACUUCGUCUCCUCAGAACACGCUUCUUGCGGUGAGGAUUAACCAGACGGCGGGGAAUGGAAUCUCCGGAAUACUGUACAAAUGGGUGAAUUACGGGAGAGGAUGGCGGCCUCGAUGGUUCGUCCUCCAGGACGGCGUGCUUUCCUAUUACAAAAUUCACGGGCCCCGUAAGAUUGUCACCAAUCACCAGACCGAAAAAGGUUCCAUGGUUAUCGGUCAGAAGUCGUUUCGCCGAAUCAAUAGUUGUUCUCAAAGUCCCGCUUCUUCCAAAUCCCUCGGCCGCAAACCCUGUGGAGAAAUCCACCUUAAGGUGUCAUCUGUGAGGGAAAGUAAAUCAGAUGAUAGGAGGUUUUCAUUAUAUACUGGGAUGAGGACACUGCAUUUGAGGGCAGAGACGAGGGAUGAUCGGAUUACUUGGAUAGAGGCACUGUUGGCAGCAAAAGAAAUGUCCCCUCGGAUGCCAAAUGAGGAACUUCUAAUCACCCAAAUGAAUGAGACUAUGGCCAUGUCAACUGAGAAGCUCAGGAAGAGGCUGAUGCAGGAGGGUGUUUGUGAAGCUGCAAUUCAGGACAGUCAACAGAUUAUACAGAAUGCGUUUGCAGCUUGGAAAAAAGAUUUGCUUCUUCUCAAGCAAAAAGAGUUGCAGCUGAUUGACAAACUGCGGCAGUUGGAGGCAGAAAAAGUUGACCUCGAGAACACGCUUGUUGAUGAGAGUCAAAGGCAUGCAAAGACUUCUCUUUUCCAGGACAAAUUUAGAGUUUCAGAAGGAAGCGUGAAUGAAUCAGAUGAUGACAAUGAUAGACAUCAUGUUGCGGAUGAAGAUAGUGAUGGUGAUGAUGAUGAAGACAUGUUUGCUGAUGCUCGAGAUUUUCUUUCUUCAAAUUCAUUCAGAAAACAAGGGAGGGGUGAUAGAAAACCAUUAUCUGAUUCUGAUGAUGAAGGGAGUCAUCCGUCUCAAAAUACAAUAUCAGUUGAAAACAAAUAUCCUUAUGUGAAGCGCAGAAAUAAAUUGCCGGACCCACUCGAAGAAGAGAAGGGAGCAAGCCUGUGGUCAAUGAUCAAAGAUAACAUUGGGAAGGAUCUAACUAAAGUCUGCCUUCCAGUAUAUUUCAAUGAACCACUAUCUUCCCUGCAGAAAUGUUUUGAAGAUUUUGAAUACUCUUACCUUCUCGAUCAAGCAUAUGAAUCAGGAAAAGGGGGUAAUAGCUUUAUGAGGAUGCUUAAAGUAGCAGCAUUUGCUGCAUCUGGAUACGCUUCCACUGAUGAAAGACAAUGCAAGCCAUUUAAUCCUUUACUUGGUGAAACCUUUGAAGCUGAUUACCAAGACAAGGGUUUACGGUUCAUCUCAGAAAAGGUUAGUCAUCAUCCAAUGAUCCUUGCAUUCCACUGUGAAGGACGUGGAUGGAAAAUAUGGGCAGAUUGCAACCUGAAGAGUAAGUUUUGGGGUAGAUCCAUUCAGAUUGACCCUGUUGGUGUAAUUACAUUGGAGUUUGAUGAUGGAGAAGUAUUCAAGUGGAGAAAGGUUACAACUUCUAUAUACAACCUCAUUCUUGGAAAAGUCUACUGUGAUCAUUAUGGAACCAUGAAUAUCCAAGGAAAUCGAAACUACUCCUGCAAGCUUAAAUUUAAGGAGCGUUCUCUCAUCGAUCGAAAUCCUCACCAGGUACAUGGAGUUGUAGAAAAUAAUGGAAAGCCAGCAGCAACGCUGUUCGGGAAAUGGGAUCAGUGCAUUCAUUACUGCCAGGAGGAUUAUUUAGGGAAAGACAAAGGACCGGCUUCAAUGUCAGAUGCGCAUUUGUUGUGGAAAAGAAACAAACCAUCAAAAUUUAAAAGCAAAUACAACUUCACGGACUUCGCAAUCACUCUUAAUGAACUGACUACUGAGCUAAAGGAGAAAUUGCCACCAACAGAUUCAAGGCUCAGGCCUGAUCAAAGAUUUCUGGAAAAUGGCCAGUACCAAAUGGCUAACGCAGAAAAGUUACGUUUGGAACAGAGGCAGCGCCAGGCGGUCAUGAUGCAAAAAAGUGGAUGGAAACCUAAGUGGUUUUCAAAAGCAUCAGACAGUGAUGGAUACAGGUACAAUGGUGGAUAUUGGGAGGCGAGAGAGCAUGGAAACUGGGAGUCAUGUCAAAAUAUCUUUGGUGCAGUAACUACCACUUGACCUGCAAACUUAUCGGAUCUUUGUAGUUUCUAUAACACUUUGUGCAGCCUCGUAUAAAAGAAAAAGGACAGUAUUGAAAAUUACAAAAAACUAAUGCCAUCACAGUAUCACACAACAAACUGUAGAUACUAGAUAGAUACAAUUGCGUUGGUGGUCCUGUAGGUAGACAAAAGUUCCAAUUUUUUGUUUGUAGAUAAACAACAUUCCAUUGUUCAGUCCUACUGCUCUGUAGGGUAUUAUAUAUAGGAAAUGGAUUAUCCAACUUCUUGUAAUAGAAACAGUGAAAAGUCUGAUGUGCCAUAUGAUUCAAUACAAUAUACAAAACAUUACAAACUUUUUAAGCAAAAUUUCAAUGGCAGAACUGUGUAUAACAUAUGCAAUUGCAGAAGGCAUGUUAUUAUAAAGAUUUAAUACAGGAGGAAGAGUAUGAGGUGCCUGUUAUUAUCAUCUAGGGCCAGAGAGUUGAUGAGAAGACUUGAAAGAGGACUUGUAAAAACUACAGGUAUCACUGCUGCCAACAUUUGCGAUUUCGCGCUGAUAGAGAUAUACCAUAUUCUGCUCAUUACCCUCCACCUGAGAUGUUUCGGUGAACCUCCUGCCAUAGAAGCGCAAGAAGUUGAGGGAUCCCACCUGAGGAUCACCCAGAGGUAGCCCUCCUUCUAGCAUUCCAACCACAUUUGUCAUUGUCGGCCGCAGAGCUGGAUCUUCGUGUAAACAGCAGAGAGCCACCCUGACCAGUUUCUCCACUUCCUCGGUCUGUACCUCCCCUGCCAGCCGCGGAUCUACCAGCUCCAGGACAAGUAGGGGGAAAUAAUCCCACCGAACUUCCUCCUCACCCCUACAAUUCUUCUUGCCGCUCACAAGUUCCAGCAACACCAUCCCGUAGCUAUACACAUCCGUCUUCUCUGUGAUGGAGGAGUUUGUCAGCCACUCAGGAGCUAAAUACCCUCUAGUCCCUCUCAAUGUGGUGAACCAGCUAGAUUGCUCUGAAGACAUCAGCUUGGACAGCCCAAAAUCUGAUAUCUUAACUUGCAAGCAGUUGUGGUAGUGAAGGAGGAUGUUUUCCGGCUUGACAUCACAAUGAAUGAUCUUGGGUUCACACCCACUGUGCAAGUAAGCCAGGCCACGUGCGGUUCCGAUGGCAAUCUCAACCCUUUCCUUCCAUUUCAACACGUUUGGGAGCGGGACCCCUCCAUUCCUGCCGAACAGUGCUCGAUCCAGCGAACUCCGGUUCAUAUACUCGUAGACUAGAAAUCUUGAAUCUCUGUGUAUGCAGAAUCCCUUGAGUCUCACCAGAUUGAUGUGAUGGAUUUUCCCUAUGGUCGUGAUCUCACUGCAGAACUCCCUCUUCCCUUGUACUCCCAGUCGGUUCAUUUUCUUCACUGCCACCGCUGUUCCGUCUGGAAGACUGCCUUUGUAUACCGUCCCAAAUCCACCUGAACCGAUUUGUGACCCGAAAUUGUCCGUUGCAUCUGUGAGAUGUUUGUAAUCUAAUUUCACUGGCAUCCCUGGGAUUGUAGCAUAUCCGAGAAGCUCGGAAGAGCAGGAAUGAGAUGUUUGGUUACUUUCUUCUUUACUGAACCUAGGUAAUCUCGAACCAUGUAGCAAGAUCCUGAAGAUUGGCUGUGAAAAAAUCCUAAGCAAGAACAGUUCAUCGAACAGAUAUCUUCACAGGUGGACAGAUUCGUAUCAAGCUCCAGCGGGUGAAUGAAUUCGUUAGUGAAGUAGUCCAUGCCGCUUCCCAGUUUUAAAUACGAGAUGGUGGAAAUAAUACUUCCAUUCGAACUCGUACAUGAAGAAGAGUUCCCCGGCAAUGGUAGCCUGCCGUUUAAGGGGACGCAACCACCGUCUGACGUGGAAUAACUAUGAAAUCCAGGCAGGCAAGAACACAUGCCGCUAUUGCAGACUCCUAGGCUCUGGCAAAUGAAUGGUGCCCAACAAGGAUCCACCGGUGCGUUGAAUCCGCCGACUUCACUUCCUGCGCCGUUCAACAGCAUGGUGCUCAGGGCGCCAUUGCUUCCCAUCUUCAGGAUCAUGAAAUCAGUAGGAGAGUUUAUGAGAGUAACUUGUAUUACGAUCUCUGUUCCGUUUGAUCCCACGAGGAAAAUCCCGUUUCUCCUUAGCUCUGCGUAUUCCGCACGUGUGUUUGUGUCUCGAAAGGCGCCGCCGUACAUGGAUAAUUUCCAGUAAACCAUCUUCCUCCAGAGAAACACGGCGUCGUUCUCUGUGAUGGAGAAUUCAUAGUCCCCCACUGACGACAGGUCACCAUCCUUCAACGAGCUGACCAAAGAUCUCCCGACGAGCAACCGUUGACCAACCACCAUCGUGUCAGUCGGGUAAUCAAAGCUUUCCCAUACAGAGUUAUUUGACGAAUCAAGUAGAACCAAAUUCCCAGAAUCUUGGAGUUGUAAAGAGGAGACAUUGGGCGAAGUAAACAAGGGAGUUGACCAGAUAGGUCUGCCGGAAUCAUCAUAAAGUGCAAGGCCACGGUGGGAGAGAUGGAGUUCAGCAGAGUCGGAGACUGGAAAGUUGCGGUUGGCGGCCCAAACGACGGUAUGAGAAAUGGUAUGGAAGAUGACGAAGUAGAAGGAGCGUUCCUCCGGUCUGACGUUGGCUACGGCGGCACUGAAUGUAGCGUCAGCCGAGGACAAGAAUGCGCCGGAAGUAUCAAUGAAUUUGGUGAAGGAAGCGGAGAAGUUAGGGGUUAUAGAAUGGAAUGAAAGAGGACCGCAAAGGGAAAGUUUUGAGGAUAAGAGGAGGACAAUGACGAUCAAGAAUAAAGGAGAAGAAGAAAAACUCCCCAUCCCAUGCACGGGAAUGAGGACGGCGAAAAAUACGAAUGCAUGUAAAAACUGUCCAAAUUGGGAACUUAAUUCACUGGGAGGGAUCUCGCGUUCAAGGAAAUGGUAGUGGUCGUGAUGGGCGACGAGAGUGAUGAAAAUGCAAACAACAAUUAAAAAUGUGAAACAUUUGCAUAUGCUUGACUUGAGAUGCAAAUGUUUUCACGCACUUAAUUACUCGUAUACAUAAAUACAUAAAUAAAAAAUUAUCCAAUUCCAAAAUAGGAAUAUUAUAAUUUUUUUCUCUAAAUAUCAAUAAUUAGUAUCAUGUUUGAAAAAUAUUAUCAAAUUUUGCAUAUAGUUGACUUUGAAUGGAAGUAAUUUACCCUAUUGGGGAAUUAUUAAGUGCUUAUUUUUUUUUUGAAAUUUCACAUUAUUUCUAUCUAAAUACAUAUAAAGUUAAACCGUGACACCACUCAUAAAGUUUCUUAUGGUAUUAAAAUCAGUUGAAUGUGAAAUGGGGUAGACCGUUACACUUUUCUAUUUAACAAAUGGUAUUAUUAAACAAGCGCCAUCGAUCAUAUACUUGGUCAAGAAUAGGAUAAUUAUAUAAUAUUUUUAUCGGUCUACCUUAGCUGGUUAGAUGAUCAACCAGUCAGCAUUGUUUUCUUGUAGUGCAGUAGACCAUAUUGUGACCAAGUGGAAAAUUUCAACAAGGGCCUAAAUAGUUGAAAUUGAGCCAGUCCCUAAAAACGCAUCUGAAACUUCUAGCUAUCACUUUCGUAGUUAACUCAAAAAUUACAAAAAAAAAAAAAAAAAAGAACGCCCCCUUGUGACGAACCAGAUCCAUUUCAGGACUGACCAGUUUUAGAUCGAAUUAAAAAGUAAGUAAAAGCGUAAUCAUUUAUCUAUUUGUUACAUCCAAAUGUGUGAUUUUUAAAAUUAUAGUCAUUUGUACUUUUUUUACCAAAAUAUUUUAGGUUUCAUUUAAACAAAAUUGUUAUGGUGACUUAUCCGAACUUGUUGCAGAUAGAAAACUCUUGACACCCCGGAGAUUUAAAUCCAUUGAGGGUACUUACUUAGGGAGUGUUUGCAAUUGCUUCAACUUUAAAAAAGUGAUUUUUUAAAGUGAUUUUGGGAAAAAUGAUUAAUAGUAAAAGUUGGUAGUGUUUGAGAAAAAAGUGAUUCUGAAAAAGUAAAAGUUGGUAAUGUUUGGUAAAAUAAGUACUUUUUGUGUAAUAGAAAAAGUGAAAAGCAGUUUAAAGCACCCUUCCACCUGCUUCCAGCUUUUAGCUUUUAAGUGAUUAAUUUAAGCAGAAGCUGUCAUUUGAAAACACUAUUUUUAGCUUUUUUUAAGCCAAAAGCUGAAAAGCGCUUUUUUUGAACAACCGCAAACACUGCUUUAUACUAGUGAUGGACCCGGGCCGGACCAAGGCCCGGUCAGGCCUCGGGUCUGGUA